GCGGUAGUCGAGUAGUAGUUACCUGCUCCUGACACCGCACCACGCUCUCAUCUAUCAGGAUAAAGAGCAGCGUAGCCUCACGUGAAUUCACAUCAUUCGUGAGUUUCUAUCUUAUCUACUUCGCGUUUAGCCAAUUUGUCGGGAAUUUGUUUUCCUUCUUUCCUCAUACAGUUGUCCGACAUUUCAGGGAUUGGAUUAUUAGAUCAGCCGACAUGGAAUUCAAAGUGCCGCUGUUGGACCCGAACCAGACCAGCCUGGACGAAGAGCAAGAGCAGCAAGAGCAGCAAGAACUUCAGUUCCGUCAACUGCGAACGUCAGCAUCCGAUUCAGAUUCAUCACGAGCAGCAGUCGCAGCAGCGGCUGCUUACAGUCGACCUGGCGACUCCUCCUACCCGUCGUCCUCCUCCGCCUCCGCCGCAUUUGGCGGCGACUGGCGCGGAAAGCUCGCGGCUGUCGGGCAGCGCGUGCGCACGUCGAGCGCGGAGCUGGGGAAGCGCGUCACGGAGGCGGCGACAGCUGUCGGAAGCCGAUUGGAGGAGCAGGUUUCCGUCGUCGGCGAGCGCGUCAAGGACCUGGUCCUGCCGACUACUCAGGCGGACUUAUUAGUCGACCGCGCCACGGCGGAGGAGCUCCUCGCUCCCCAUUGGUCCACCGUUCUGCAGAUCUCGCACCUCCUUCAAAACGGCUCGCUCCCCGGCGGCGACGUCGCACGGGCCCUGCGACGUCGCCUGGCGACGCGCGACUCGCACGUGCAGCUGCUGGCGCUCGCGGUCGCGGAGACGGUGGUCGGAAGCGCGCCACAGGUUCUGGGGGAUAUUGCGCGGGAAGGCAUGCUCGGAGACAUGGCGCGAAUGGCGGUGGAGCCUAAGACGCCGGCGCGCGUCAGGGAGACGGUUCUAAGACUGAUUGAGGCGUGGGCGGUGCCAAUGGAGGCGACGCGAUACUUCCCGGCGUUCGAAGAGACGUUUCGGCAAUGUGACGCUCUCGCAUCCUUGAUGUGCUGCUGAUAUGAGGAGGAGGUUUGAGGGAACGAGCGCAGAGGAGGGACGAGGAGAGAUGAACCCAAACGGAAAAAAAUAGUUUUACUGGUUUGGGGAGAUGGCAGCAGCAAAGACGCGCACGGGCACGAGCGGAUAGCAGGGUGGAAAGAAAAGGAAACAAGGCUCAUGGAUGAGUAGAAUGCGCGUGGAGGGGCGGAAGGAAGGAAGAAGGAUUCGUGGAUCGACCGGAGUGCAGAUGGAAGGAAAGAAAACGCCUGAUCCAGCUGUGACAUGGUGACGUCCAUGUUGCCUUUUGAGUCGACUCAAAAGUCACCUUCAGCUGUGACAUGGUGACGUCCAUGUUGCCUUUUGAGUCCACUCAAAAGCCACCUUCAGCUGUGACAUGGUGACGUCCAUGUUGCUGAGCUGAGUGUAUUAUAUCAGCCAAACAGGUGUAGAUCAAGAUCCGCAACCGCAAGUUGCUUGUUGCAACAAAGUGAUAGAACGGUGGGGAACUUAUGGAGUCAAUUCAAGGGUAGGAGCAAAGCAUGGCACUCUGACUUUUGAGUCGACCCAAAGGACACUCGGUGUGUAUAGGGAGAAAGCACCGUCCUUAAUUAGCAUGACAGGCCGUAAGGCGUUUCGGGAUCCUCAAGAUCCGUUUAGCGCGGAGUUGCCAGAAGUAGCCAUGAGUUCAAAUCACGGGAAUUGUGAAGUGACCAUGCUUGCAGCGGUAUCCUUAUCACGACUUCACUCCUUAUCCCUUGUGUAUAAUUCUUUGAUUCUGAAAGU